UUUUGUAUUGUCUCUUUUAGGAUCCCAAUCAUGACAAUGAGAAUAACAAAUCAUAAGUCACUGUUGGUGUUGUUGUUUGUAUUAGCCUCCUGGAUCACUUUUACAGUUUUCCAAAACUCCACAAAGUUAUGGACUGUACUCAAGUUGCCCAUCUCCCUCCAUCACAGGAAUUUCAUCAUGAAAUCAUGUCCUGCAGCACCACUGGAUCCAGCAGUUUCACCAACAGAGACUGAGCUAAGAAUAAAGGGGAUCAUGGAGAAACUAGACCAGCUGAUCCCACCCAGACCCUUCACCAACGUGAGCUCCACCACCAGCGCCACACACAGCAAAGCCACCCUCCUCAGCCCUCGAGACACAUACUGCAGGGGGGAUCAGCUAGACGUCCUGCUGGAGGUGAGGGACCACUUGGGACGCAGGAAGGAAUAUGGCGGGGAUUUCCUGAGGGCCAGGAUGUCCUCCCCAGUCCUGAAGGCAGGCGCUUCGGGAAAGGUGACAGACUUCAACAAUGGCACCUACCUUGUCAGCUUCACCCUGUUCUGGGAGGGCCGGGUGUCUCUGUCUGUCCUGUUCAUCCUCCCCAGUGAAGGGGUGUCGGCUCUCUGGAGGGCAAGGAACCAAGGCUAUGACAGGGUGAUCUUCACAGGCCAGUUUGCCAAUGGCACCUCCCAUGUCAAUACUGAUUGCGCCCUGGUUUUAAAUUCAAGUGCUGAACUGUGUGAGUACCUGGAUAGUCGAGACCAAGAAGCCUUCUACUGCGUGAAGCCUCCACAUAUACCCUGUGCUGCACUCACCCACAUGCAUUCCAAAAACAAGGCCGUGUCUUAUCUUAGCAAACAAGAAAGAAGCCUCUUUGAAAGGUCAAAUGUGGGUAUAGAGAUGAUGAAAAAGUUUGGCGCCAUUACUGUCUCCAAAUGCAACACAGAAAAGACAGCUCCAAUGAAAAAGAAAUGCAAGUUUGGAAUGGCAUCCACAAUCCCCAGUGGACAUGUCUGGAAAGACACAUGGAAUCCUGUCUCCUGUAGUUUGGCUCCAAUCGAAAUGAAAGAAUGCCUGAGAGGAAAAUUCAUACAUCUAAUGGGAGAUUCCACGAUCCGCCAGUGGAUUGAAUACUUCAAAAGCAGUAUCAAGACCCUGAAGUCAGUGGAUCUGCAUGAAUCUGGAAAAUUUCAAAAACAAUUUGCUGUGGACUUGGACAAGAAUAUCAAAAUCCAGUGGCAAAAGCAUAGUUACCCCUUGGUUGUAUCACUGGCCUAUUCAGUCAAAGAGAUUGAGUACAUCGCUCGGGUUAUUGACAGAACUGGAGGAGGAAAAAGUACUAUCAUUGUUAUCUCUCUGGGCCAGCACUUCAGACCCUUUCCCAUUAAUGUUUUUCUCCGAAGGGCCGUCAGUAUCCAUGAUGCAGUUCAGCGCCUUCUUCUGAGAAGCCCAGACACUGUGGUUAUCAUCAAGGCAGAAAACAUCAGGGAGAUGCACACUGAUGUGGAGAGAUUUAGUGACUUUCAUGGUUACAUCCAAUAUCUUGCCAUAAAGGACAUUUUUCAGGAUCUCAAUGUGAGCAUUAUUGAUGCCUGGGAUAUAACAAUUGCAUAUGGCACAAAUAAUGUCCACCCGCCCCAAUCUGUAGUCAGAAAUCAGAUUAAUAUAUUGUUAAACUUUAUUUGCUAGAUAAAACAUAUCACUUUAAUUUAUUCACUUAAUUAAAGACAUCUAUUAAGUGUU